AACAGAGGAGUUUGAAUUUUUGAGAGAUCGAAUUGCUGUUCAACCAUGGAAGUACCGAGCUCAUGGGACGCGUUACGCAAACAGGCAAGAAAAUUGGAAGCACAGUUGGAUGAGCAGAUGAAUUCGUACCGAAAGCUUGUUUCCACUAAGGUCUCUACUAAAGUUGACACAGGAGAGAACGAUCUUGAAUCUGGGAUAGACAGACUACUAAAACAGCUACAACAAGUCAACAUUCAAAUGCAAGAUUGGGUUUCGUCUGGAGGAUCUGAAAUGGUUUCUCACACCCUAACUCGUCAUCAGGAAAUUCUCCAAGAUCUUACUCAGGAAUUUUAUCGUCUCCGCUCCAGCCUUAAAGCUAAGCAAGAACAUGCUUCACUCCUUGAGGAUUUUAGAGAGUUUGAUCGGACUAGGUUAGAUUUGGAAGAAGGUGUUGGUUCUGCAGAACAAGCUCUCCUUAAAGAGCAUGUAUCCAUUGGCCGAAGUACAGGACAGAUGGAUUCUGUGAUUUCACAAGCUCAAGCAACACUUGGUACGCUGGUCCUUCAACGUUCAACAUUCGGGGGCAUCAACUCAAAGCUCAGUAAUGUUAGCAGCCGCCUUCCCUCGGUAAAUAACAUUCUUUCAGCGAUAAGGAGAAAAAAGUCAAUGGAUACAAUCAUUCUCUCCCUUGUCGCAUCCGUAUGCACAUUUCUGAUUUUUAUCUAUUGGUUGACCAAGUGAGAAUGUGAUGAUACCUUAUCUUGAUGCUUUCUAAUAGUGGGUUAACGGAGGCUGCUUUUCUUUUGUUAUACUAUUGUGAAAUUGUUUCCAGUUGGUAGUCCAUUGUGUUUUCUUCAUCUCUGUAACACCAAAGCUCAGAACAACAGAUGUAUAGACAUACGUAUCAUAGGAAAGUGAAAGGCUCAAUGUAAGACACAAAUGUUACUUUUCAAAGCCAUCGCCGCAAUUUUAAUUCUCAUUUGAUUCUUGG